UGUUCAUUCCUUCGUACACUUCAAACUUCAAACUUCUUUUCCAAUUUCACACCAGUUGCAUCACCCAACUUGGGAGCCAAUGCUCUUCGUAUAUAAUCAAUCAAACACCUCACAAACUCAACAAAACAAAACCCUUUGUAAUCCUAAUUCCAAUAGCAAGAAUCAAGAAGCUCAACAAUCAUGGCAUCUCCCAAAGGGCUAUUAUUCUUCUACAAAAACUUGUUCAAGAUGAUAACCUUUCCAUGUCUGACUACUCCCAGGCCCAAACCAUUACCGGCACCUGCACCUCUUAUUGGGCCUUCCGGCCCAAAAGACGAUAAAGGGCUGAAAGACGUUUUCGAUCACUUGGACGUUGACAAAGAUGGGAAGAUCUCCAGCAAUGAACUAACGGAUUACUUUACGUCGGUUGGCGAGUCCGUGAGUCAUAAAGUGGCGGAGAGAGUGAUAAACGAGUUUGACUCGGACGGUGACGAGUUGCUGGAUUUCGGUGACUUUGAAAAACUGAUGAAGCAAGAUGAGAGUAAGGAGGUGGAGGAUGUUCUACGAAGCGCGUUCGAGAUGUUCGAGGUUGAGAAAGGGUGUGGCUGCAUAACGCCAAAGGGGUUGCAACAAAUGUUGCGGCAACUGGGAGAUGUCAAGUCGCAUGAUGAGUGCGUGGCCAUGAUUCGACCCUUCGAUCUUGACGGCAAUGGCUUCCUUGAUUUUCACGAAUUUCAGCAGAUGAUGUCCCCAACUUGAUUCUCUUAGGAUUGUUUUUACUCUCUCUCUCUUCAAACAAUGUGUAAAAUGAAAGUGAAUGCUUUCUUGACGGAAGAUAAAGAAAGAAACGCCGUUUCCUGUGUCGUUGUGCUA